AUGGAGAUUGUAUUCUUUAGUUAUAGCCCCUGGAAUCCAAAAUAUUGGACAGACCAAGAAGAAUUCAUUCCAGAAAGAUUCCAAGAUGAAAGUAAAAUCUACCCUUAUUCCUAUUUACCAUUUAUAGCUGGAACCAGAAUGUGUAUUGGUUAUAAAUUUGCUCUAUUGGAAAUGGAAGUUAUAUUAGCAAUGUUGAUGAAAGAAUUUCAUUUUGAGCUCCUGCCAGAUAUAACCUAUACCAAGAAACAAGCCAUUACAAUGAAACCCAAUCCACCUUUAAAAUUAAAGGCUACCUUGAUCAACAGUUAA